GGACAGAAGGAAAAAAACAUGCAGGCAAGCGCAGCUGGGCAAUACCGUGCGGAGGCUUUGAGCAUUAUAGCAACUCCAGCCGCCGGCUAAUUGCGCCUGCCCCAUAAUUACAUGUGCCGGUGUGUGCGUGUGCCAAGCAAAGAUGGCUGCAGAGAAACGCGGCGAGGUCCGGGGUGCAGGAAUGGAAGAGAGCAACGAAAAAAAACAAUCCAGCGAGGGCCUGGGACUCGAGAUAUUGCAGAUCAUCAAGGAAUCCCAGCAGCAGCAUGGUCUGAGACACGGGGACUAUCAGAGAUACAGGGGAUACUGCUCCCGACGCCUCAGACGUCUCCGCAAGACCCUCGGCUUCAAGAUGGGGAACCGGCACAAAUUCACCGGCAAGAAAGUGACUCCGGAGAUGCUGUCUGACAGCAGGUACCUGCUGCUGGUGCUGAUGAGCGCAGAGCGAGCCUGGAGCUACUCCAUGCAGCUGAAGCAGGAGGCAAACACAGAGCCACGCAAACGCUUCCACCUGCUGUCCCGACUGCGCAAGGCAGCCAAGCACGGGGAGGAGCUGGAGAGGCUGUGCGAGAGCCACCGCGUGGACGCCAAGACCAAGCUGGAGGCACAGGCCUACCAUUCAUACCUGACAGGAAUGCUGCGCUUUGAGUUACAGGAGUGGAAAGCUGCAAUGGAAGCCUUCAAUAAAUGCAAGACGAUCUACGAGAAGCUGGCCAGUGCCUUCACUGAGGAGCUGGCUGUCCUGUACCAUCAGCGCGUGGAGGAGAUCUCCCCCAACAUCCGCUACUGUGCCUACAACAUCGGGGACCAGAACGCCAUGAAUGAGCUGAUUCAGAUGAGGCUGAGUGCCGGAGGAGGAGGGCAGAUGAUGGCAGAGAAGCUGGAGGCUCUCAUCACUCAAACCCGCGCCAAGCAGGCAGCCACCAUGAGCGAGAUGGAGUGGAGGGGCCGCACCAUCCCUGUGAAGAUCGAUAAAGUGAGGAUCUUCCUGCUUGGACUGGCCGACAAUGAGGCUGCCAUUGCACAGGCUGCCAGCGAGGAGACGAAGGAGCGCCUCUACGAGUCUUUACUCAGCGAGAGCCGCGACGCCAUCCAGGCCGUGCGCGAGGAGCUCAAGGCAGACACGAAACAGCGUGACCGAGCUGUGGACGGAGAGACCGGCAAAGUCUCCAACCUGCAGUACCUGCACAGCUACCUGACCUACAUCAAGCUGUGGACAGUGGUGAAGCGCAAUGAGAGCAUGGCCCGGGUGCUGCAGGCCAAGCUGAAGGAGCCGCAGCCAGACGAGAGCAAGAGGGGCCCCCGGCCACACAACCUCAUCCGGCUCUAUGACAUCAUCCUGCAGAGCCUGGCGGAGCUGCCCCAGCUCCUGGGCAUGGAGGAUGAUCACAGCUUCCAGAAGGAGGUGGCCCUGAAGACUCUGGUCUACAAGGCGUACAGGUGUUUCUUCAUCGCUCAGUCCUAUGUUCUUGUGAAGAAGUGGAGUGAGGCCCUGGUGCUGUACCAGAGGGUCCUCAAGUAUGCCAAGGAGGUCCAGGUGCAGGCCAAGUCCUGCAACAGCAGCCUGAAGGACCUUCCUGAUGUUCAGGAGCUGAUCACUGAGGUCAAUGCUGAGACGUACUCCUUGCAGGCAGCUGCUAUUCUGGAUACGGAGGACUCGGCCGAGACUCCCUCACAAUCGCAGGAGAUCAAAGACAGCAAGCCUCUCUCUGACCGAUUGGAAGCCUUCCACCUUGACCCCUCCCUCGUGGGGAAGCAGCCCAAUCUGGUGACGUUCCCUCCGGAGUUCCAGCCAAUCCCGUGCAAGCCUCUGUUCUUUGACCUGGCGCUGAACCACGUGGCCUUCCCGCCUCUCGACGACAAGGUGGAACAGAAGGGCAAGGGUGGGCUGACCGGCUACAUCAAGGGCAUCUUCGGCUUUGGCAGCUAAUCUGCGGCCUGGCUUUGCUGGGGGGGCCUGUGCCAGGGACAUGGGUUCGUGGAGGUCCAGCUCCAGGUCCAAACCCUGUCAGCAUUUUUUUUUUUUUUUUUUUUUCCCCCAUUUGUAACUAACCUAGGCCUGAAAUGUUGCAUAAGCAUCUAGAACCCCCCAAAACCUGCAGUUGCAUUCUAGAACUUGUCCAGGUCUUGGGUUCAGGGUUCUAGAGUGCAGAACCCUGACAUUUGAGAUUCUUGAGGCAAUCCAGACUUCUUGUGUUCUAGAGCUAAUCCAGAAUCAGGAUUAGGCUAGUGUACUAGAGUAUCUUAAAUAUACUUUUAAUUCUUAAGCGCCUUCAGGAUCCAUUGUUCCAUGUUGAAUUGCCUGGCUGGGCAACAGUCUCUCGUCCCCUAUCUUAAUGUUCAGUACCUGUCACUGGGGUUCUAAAGCAUGCUUUGCUGCACAUUGUAACCUCCGCCUGCUUACUUGCUGCCUCAUUCCAGUCCAGAGUCUGCACUGGGAUAGCGUGAGCACAUGUCAGCUAGCUGUGUCCACAGUGAGAGCAGCCCUGCUGGUUCAGUACCGUGCUUUCCAGUGCAAGACUGUGGCUCUCUCUGUGCUCUCCCCUUUCAAUGGGAUCACACACUACAGACU